AAAUCUGUUUUACAGUAUGGCCCAUAAGACCACAGCUGAAUGAGCUACUGUACUAUCAUCACAAAUCCGGUGAAAUCAGAGGCUUGUUCUACAACGAAAAAAUAGAAUUAAGCACUCCAUCUGUUCUACAGAUACAUAGUGUUGAAGUCCAGCACUAUGCUUUCAAAAUCGAAAGGGUGGUUCGGCCCUGUCAAACCGAAAAGUGUCCAUUCUUUGGAAAAUUUACGGCUGCUCCAUGGAGUGUUGAUGCGGAAUGCCACGGUAACGGAGCAGAACAGAAGUCUCCUGGUGGAGACGUUGAGAUCCAUGUCAGAGAUCCUCAUCUGGGGGGAUCAGAAUGACAGCUCCGUCUUUGAUUUCUUCUUGGAGAAGAACAUGCUACUGUUCUUUCUGAAGAUCUUACGUCAGAAGACGGGAAGCUACAUCUGUGUUCAACUCCUCCAGACUCUCAACAUCCUCUUUGAGAAUAUACGAAAUGAAACAUCCCUAUAUUAUCUAUUGUCCAACAACCAUGUCAACUGCAUCAUCGUCCACAAGUUUGACUUCUCUGAUGAAGAGGUGCUAGCAUACUAUAUCUCCUUUCUGAAGACUCUGUCCUUCAAGCUCAAUAAGCACACCAUCCAUUUCUUCUACAAUGAGCACACCAAUGACUUUGCCCUGUACACGGAGGCCAUCAAGUUCUUCAACAACCCAGAAAGCAUGGUCAGGAUCGCAGUACGCACCUUGACACUCAAUGUAUAUAAAGUGAAUGACAAGGCAAUGCAGAUGUAUAUACGUAACAAGACGGCCGUCCCUUACUUCUCUAACCUGGUCUGGUUCAUAGGUAACCACGUUCUAGAACUGGAAAGCUGCGUCAGAAAUGACAUUGAUCACCAAAGCAAAAGUCGUUUGUCUACCCUGGUCGCCGAGCACCUCGACCACCUCCACUACCUGAACGACAUCCUCAACAUCGGCAUCGAUGGCCUUAACGUCGUCCUCACCAACCACCUCCUCAACAGACUGCUUGUGCCUCUCUACGUCUCCUCCAUGACCAAGACGAGGUCACACGGCAAAGCUUCGAAUCCCCCGGCCAUUAGCUCUGUGGUAGCUCUGUUUCUACUCUCUCAGGUAUUCCUCAUAAUGAAGCAGCAGCCUCUAGUAUGUCAGCUAGUUGAUAUAAUCUUCAAUGGUACUUACAAGACGAUAGCAGACCAGCCUACAGACAUCAGCGGUAUAGGGACAUUCUGCGCAUUCGUGGAGCCAUCGGAGAGCCUGGAGAUCUCCCUGGACAGCAACCGGGAGAGAACCGGGAGAGAGAUGAAGGAGAGGAGGCGGAGACCCAACUACCGCGACGUGGACUCGCCAACCGAGGACAUCGACGGCGACGGCGGGGGCAAGGAGGUAGACCAAGGGCGGACUGACGGUCCUGUUGUUGCUAUAGCAGCUGCCGAGGAUGAGGACGAUGGAGAUGAUGAGGGAGAUGGUGAGGGGGUGUUGAGAGGAGCUGUAGGAGGAGUAGGUGGUAGGACGAGGAGGAGAGAAGAGGAGGAGGAGGGUGAUGAGGAGGAGGAAGACAUGCCAGAAGCAGAGAGAGGAGGGAGAGCAUCUCCUACACCAGAUAACUCAAGCUCUGGUGUAACAAGUGAGUCUGACUCCACCAGUAACACCAGCAGUGCUAUCUCGACGUCUGCCACUAGUCCAUUGGUAGAUUCUAAUAGCACUGAUGAAGAGAAACGUAUAGCCGCUACACUUCAGAGGGCAGAACUUAAUCUUUCAACAAGACCAUACUUUAGCUGUGUCUUGAAUUCUUUGGAUUGUAACCAUGGUGAUUACAGAGCAUUGUUUGCCCUAUGUCUGCUGUAUGCUAUUGGUUCUAAUGAGGGAAUCAAGGAAAAGCUUUUGGAUGGAGUCUUACUCACAAACAGGGUAGAGAAUAAAGCCUUUUACAACUCUGUACUGGUUGAGCGACUGAUUGCCUUGAUGAACCAGAGCUGUCAGCUCAAUAGCUGCAUCCGUCCUGUUACUCUUGAGAUGGGUUGCCUUCUUCUCAAGCAACUAGUCUUCAGUAACAUCCAAGCAAAGUGCUUCCUAGAAGACAGACACCUAGCCUGUGUAGAGGGUGCUAAGGAGGAGAGUGUUCUGCUCCUAAGGACCUUCUACAAGGGAGAUGAACUCUUCUUAGACAUGUUUGAUGAUGAAUAUCAGAGUAUGAAGAAACGACCCCUGAAUGUUGAGUACCUGAUGAUGGACGAAUCCAUUCUGCUGCCCCCUACUGGCACACCUUUGACAGGGAUAGACUUCACCAAGAGGCUGCCCUCUGGUGAGCUAGAAAGGACAAGGAGAGCAAUCCGAGCAUUCUUCCUGCUCCGCGACCUCUCGCUGACCUUGCGUAACCUGGUGGAGACCAAGCUACCUUUGAUCAAGCCUGACCUUCUGGUCAAGACCUCGGACAAACUGGACCUCAAUAACAGUGACUUGAUUGCCUGCUCUGUGAUAACCAAAGACAAAAGCCCCCAGCGUGUGCGACGAUUCCUGGUGAUAGCCAUCCAUCAGCUGAUUCUGGUGGAGCCGGACAGCAAGAAACUGGGAUGGGGUGUGGCUAAGUUUGUUGGUCCUCUACAGGAUCUAGAGGUGACCGGGGACAAAGACGACAGCAGAUCCCUUCAUGUGACCGUCCACCAACGCUCUACGGCCUCCCCCCACGCCAGACCGGUACCCCUCCUCGCUGCCCGCUUCCAGUUUGAUGAUCACAUCCGAUGCAUGGCAGCCAAGCAGAGAUUGACCAAAGGUCGUCAGAAGGCUCGCCAGGCCCAGAUGGCAUGCCUCGCUGAGCUUCUAGAGAUCCCCAUCAGCCAUCACUCCGGUCUCUACGGUUCCUCCUCCGCCAUCUCCCAUCAUCCUGGCAUGGCCAUCGCCGUGUCCAGCUCCAAGGGAGGGGCUAGUAGCCCCAGCACUGCAAGACACACAUUUUUAGGCCAGGUGUAUGAAACAUAUAGACAGCUUGGUAAAAAGUAAGUAGAUGACUUUGUGCUACAUAUAGUUAUCAAACUCACCACCACCUCAGUCUUCUUGUUAACCCAUCGUACCUCACCAUUAAUGUCAUCAUCGUAACCAUCCUACCACCUCAUCCGCACCCUCAAACCAGGCCUGUCUUCAUCAGCUCGAGUUUGCCAAAUAACCCGCUAUUUUAGCUAUCCCGAUUGCAAAUAAGCCAGUUAAUUUGCGUCUUCAUCAGCCCACAGUCGCAAUU